UCCACCGUAACAUGCACUUGGCGCCGCCGCGCAAUUUCUUCCGUACAUCAAUUGCCUGUUGAUUCCGGUCAUUAACUGCCCCCCUCUUUUUUAGAGGGAGAAUAUUCAUAUUCGUAUUUUCUUAAAAAAAAAAUAGGGAAAGGUAGAAAAAAGAUUAGUGAGAGAAACAUACAACAACUUCAACUCUGAGAGAGGAGGAGACAGCCAGCUAUUGCUAGACAGAGAAAGUGAUUGGAUUUAAGUUUAUCUUAAUUAUUUCUUUCGCUUUUGGGUUGUGAGUGAGUCUGUUUGGGGGGCCUUGAGGCUGUCUCCGUCUCGUAUCGUUUUUGGACCGCUUCUUUUCUGAGCUUCACGGAGGGGGGAGAGAGAGGGGAAAACCUAGGGGAAUUUCCGUCUAGUGGAUACUGUUUUGAAAAAUUUACGUGUUCCUUGUUGAAUUAAAAUUGUCGAGGAUCUGAGCUAGGGUUUUCGAUCGUGGUUAUUAAGUUUGUGUGUUUUAAGCGUUUGGAUUUGAGGAGGCAAUUGCAAUGUUGAUUGGAAAUGCGAUUAUACACGGAUUUUAGCUCCGAUCUUAAGAAAGUUGCCUAAAUUUCUGAGUGAAGCUAUGGAUGUCGAUUCCUCGAUGGCACCGGAAAGCGAUCACGAUCGUGCUGUGCAAAAUCACACUGCUAGUCAGCCUCCGGCAGCUAUGGAUAGAGAGCAGCGGGGAGAGCAGCCGUCGUCCGGAGACGAGUCUCAGGCACAGUCGCCAGUGCAGCAGCAACAGCAACAGCAGGCGGCUGCUCAGCCGCAGCAGAGUCCUGUUGUUGGACCUAGGCUGGCGCCAACUUACACUGUCGUGAAUGCAAUUCUAGAAAAGGAGGAGGAUGGGCCAGGGCCGAGGUGCGGCCACACUUUGACGGCGGUGGCAGCUGUUGGAGAGGAGGGUACACCUGGAUACAUUGGUCCGAGGCUGAUUUUGUUUGGUGGUGCCACUGCACUUGAAGGGAAUUCUGCGGCUGCUGGGACUCCUUCAUCCGCCGGGAAUGCUGGCAUACGUUUAGCUGGUGCCACGGCUGAUGUUCACUGUUAUGAUGCCUUAACUAAUAAGUGGUCUAGGAUAACUCCCUAUGGAGAACCUCCAACCCCGAGGGCUGCACAUGUGGCAACUGCUGUAGGAACGAUGGUAGUAAUUCAGGGUGGCAUUGGUCCUGCUGGUUUGUCAGCAGAGGACCUUCAUGUUCUUGAUCUCACUCAGCAACGACCACGAUGGCACAGAGUUGUUGUUCAAGGCCCUGGACCAGGGCCACGUUAUGGACAUGUGAUGGCUUUGGUGGGGCAGAGGUAUCUUAUGGCAAUUGGAGGAAAUGAUGGAAAAAGACCUUUGGCUGAUGUAUGGGCCUUGGACACAGCUGCCAAGCCUUAUGAAUGGCAUAAAUUGGAGCCAGAAGGAGAAGGCCCACCACCAUGCAUGUAUGCAACUGCUAGUGCACGCUCUGAUGGGCUUCUUCUGCUUUGUGGAGGAAGGGAUGCCAAUAGUGUGCCAUUGGCUAGUGCAUAUGGACUUGCAAAGCAUAGGGAUGGUCGAUGGGAAUGGGCAAUUGCCCCUGGUGUUUCACCAUCUCCAAGAUAUCAGCAUGCAGCAGUAUUCGUUAAUGCAAGGCUCCAUGUGUCGGGAGGGGCUCUUGGUGGAGGGCGCAUGGUAGAAGACUCAUCAAGUGUUGCAGUGUUGGAUACUGCUGCUGGUGUUUGGUGUGAUACCAAAUCUGUUGUUACCAGUCCAAGAACUGGUAGAUACAGUGCUGAUGCAGCUGGUGGAGAUGCCUCAGUUGAAUUGACAAGGCGUUGUAGGCAUGCAGCUGCUGCCAUUGGUGACCUUAUUUUUAUAUAUGGAGGUUUACGUGGUGGAGUAUUGCUCGAUGACCUACUUGUUGCUGAAGAUCUUGCUGCUGCUGAAACAACAAAUGCUGCUUCGCAUGCUGCUGCUGCAGCAGCUGCAUAUAAUGUGCAAGCAGGACGAUUACCUGGGCGAUAUGGAUUUGUUGAUGAUAGGAACAGGAUGUCUGAAGCAACUGCUGAUGGUUCAGUUGUCCUGGGAAAUCCUGUGGCUCCCCCUAUAAACGGUGACGUGUAUACUGAUAUUAGCACUGAGAACGCCCUGCUUCAGGGACCCCGGAGGACUAGCAAAGGCGUUGAGUAUCUUGUUGAAGCAUCAGCAGCAGAAGCUGAAGCUAUAAGUGCCACAUUAGCUGCUGCUAAGGCACGUCAAGAGAAUGGAGAAGUUGAAUUACCUGACAGAGACCGUGGGGCUGAGGCUACCCCUAGUGGGAAACCAAUAUCUUCGCUGAUUAGGCCUGAUUUGGCAGGGCCAAAUAAUAUUAUUCCUGGUGGAGUUCGGCUGCAUCAUAGAGCUGUUGUCAUAGCUGCCGAGACUGGUGGAGCAUUGGGUGGUAUGGUUAGACAGCUUUCAAUUGACCAGUUUGAAAAUGAAGGCAGGCGAGUUAGUUAUGGAACUCCAGAAAGUGCAACUGCGGCUAGAAAAUUAUUAGAUCGGCAGAUGUCCAUCAAUAGUGUCCCAAAGAAGGUCAUAGCUCACCUAUUAAAACCUCGUGGCUGGAAACCACCAGUUCGCCGGCAGUUUUUUUUAGAUUGCAAUGAGAUUGCAGAUCUUUGUGAUAGCGCAGAGCGGAUAUUUUCAAGUGAACCAACUGUUUUACAACUUAAGGCACCAAUUAAAAUAUUUGGUGAUUUACAUGGGCAGUUUGGGGAUCUGAUGCGUCUCUUUGAUGAAUAUGGUUCACCAUCAACUGCUGGUGACAUAGCAUAUAUCGAUUAUCUAUUCCUUGGAGAUUAUGUUGACCGGGGUCAACACAGCCUGGAAACUAUAGCCCUUCUACUUGCUCUGAAGGUUGAAUGUCCCAACAAUGUGCAUUUAAUACGAGGAAAUCAUGAAGCAGCAGAUAUUAAUGCUCUUUUUGGUUUCCGCAUUGAGUGCAUUGAGAGGAUGGGUGAGAGGGAUGGAAUUUGGGCAUGGCAUAGGAUCAAUCGUUUGUUUAAUUGGCUUCCCCUGGCGGCCCUAAUUGAGAAAAAGAUUAUUUGCAUGCAUGGUGGUAUUGGUCGUUCAAUAAAUCAUGUCGAACAAAUUGAGAGUCUUCAGCGUCCAAUUACAAUGGAAGCAGGAUCAAUUGUGCUGAUGGAUCUAUUAUGGUCUGAUCCUACAGAGAAUGACAGUGUAGAAGGACUGCGACCGAAUGCUAGGGGUCCAGGGUUAGUUACUUUUGGGCCGGAUCGUGUCAUGGAAUUCUGCAACAACAAUGAUCUUCAGCUGAUUGUUCGUGCUCAUGAAUGUGUGAUGGAUGGCUUUGAGCGUUUUGCUCAGGGACAUUUGAUCACCCUAUUCUCAGCUACAAAUUACUGUGGUACUGCAAAUAAUGCUGGAGCGAUAUUAGUCUUGGGCAGAGAUCUUGUUGUGGUUCCUAAAUUGAUUCAUCCAUUACCACCUGCACUUUCUUCCCCGGAAGCAUCACCAGAACGUCAUAUUGAAGAUACAUGGAUGCAGGAGUUGAAUGCCAAUAGACCACCGACUCCAACUAGAGGUCGUCCUCAAGUUGCUAAUGAUCGAGGUUCACUUGCUUGGAUAUAAAGACACCAAAAAUGUCCCUGCUCCCUAAUAUUUUGCCCAAGCGGCCUGUGCCAUCGCCUGGUUUCCUCGUGUUUUGUAAAUAGCAUGAUGCCAUUGGUGGGGAAUAUUCGAAUUUGUGAUCUCAAUCCCAGCAGAAAGCUUUGGGGCUUUCUUAAUUUUUGUUUCCACAACUCAGUCAGAGACGGCCUUGUGAACUUAAGUUCAAGGUGCUCAUAGGUUGCUACUGCUGGUUUGCUUUGGAAGGCUUGGAAGUUUCACUGCAGUUUCACCCCCGUGCUGUAAAUGGAGCCACAGGCAUGAUGGUCAUGGUUAUGUCUUGUUAUAGGUUGUUAGUGCUGGAUAUUCAUGUCAUUAAUUUUCACAAGGUUUUUAACUUCUCAUCCUUAGCCGAUUAUUUUUUUUUCCAGACAAAAAAAAAAAGUUGAGAGGUGGAGAAGGUUCUUUUUUUUUCUUCUUUUUUUAAUUCCCUUCUUUAAGGUGAUGGCGAAAUAUAUAAAUCAAAAAUCUUUCUUCCGGUCCCUGUAUCAUAGAGGUUUUGCUUUGUGUAAUUCCCUGCCUUGAUCUGUACCAUUAAUUUUUGUGUGAAUGCGUAUAUGUCUGACCAUAAAUUUUGAUCAUAGAAUUUGUAUUAAGCCCUCUGCGUUUAUGUUUGGGCAUUCAA